AUCGCAUUGGUAUUCGCGUCUCUUCUCAACGGCCUUUGCGUACCUUUUAACCUAACCACACAAAACUUCAACAACCAAUCUCUCUCUUCCAUAUAAACCCCUCUUUCUCUCUCCCCCUUUCACUUCACACCAACCACCACUCUCUCCGCUCAAAUUUCCCUCUUCACUUCUUCUCUAUCAAUAUGAGUUCCAACAUCUGUAGAUCUGCUUCUAGAGCCGCCAGGUCCAUCCUCGCCGCUUCCCGGACCUCUCGCUCUUAUUCCGCUGGUGGAAGAGUCGUAGGUUCCGCUGCUGCAGUGACGCUAAGGGAAAAGUCCUCUUCUCUUGCUUCAAUCUAUGAAAAUGCCGGUUCAGCAUACGCAUCUAGAGGAUGGAUUUCAGGAUUGCUUGCCCUUCCUGCCGCAGCUUACAUGCUCCAGGAGCAGGAAGCACAUGCUGCAGAGUUCGAGCGCACCUUUAUAGCCAUCAAGCCAGAUGGCGUACAGAGAGGGCUGAUAGCAGAAAUCAUAUCCCGUUUUGAGAGGAAAGGAUUUAAACUUGUAGGCAUUAAAGUUAUUAUUCCUUCAAAGGAAUUUGCUCAGAGGCAUUAUCAUGAUCUGAAGGAAAGACCCUUCUUUAAUGGCCUCUGUGAAUUUCUUAGCUCUGGCCCCGUCAUCGCAAUGGUUUGGGAAGGUGAGGGAGUGAUCAGAUAUGGACGAAAACUUAUUGGAGCAACAGAUCCACAGAAAUCUGAGCCCGGAACCAUUAGAGGAGAUCUAGCUGUUAUUGUUGGCAGGAACAUCAUCCAUGGAAGCGAUGGACCAGAGACUGCGGUAGAUGAGAUCAAGUUGUGGUUCAAACCAGAGGAAUUGGUUAGCUACACAAGCAACUCAGAGAAAUGGGUGUAUGGAGACUGAUGAGUUUUCCUUUCCCUCUCUUUUUUGUUAAACUUCUUUCUGCUUUAACUCGAGGUAGACAACAGCACCCGUGAAGAGCGGCGGGUAUUUUCAGAAUUCUGCGAAUAAAAUAUGUCCUGUGCUGAGACGAGGCUAUGGGCUCAUCCAUCCAUAGUGCGAAAAAACAAACAGUUUUUGAGAGUCUUACUUAUGACAAACAGUUGGUACAACUUCGUUUCUGAGAUAAUAAGCAGAUCUUGAUUCCUUCUUUAUUACAA